ACUUCCUAUUUUGAUGGUUGUAGGGUGGCCCGUGCGCUCUUACGACAUGCAGCGCUGUACAUCAAACAACCUCACCUUCUCCACCACCGACCUUUGACAAACAACAUCCAUAACCAACUUCUUAUUUCACCACAAGUUAUCCCCGGAAUUUCCAUCUCGCUGUCCAAGAAAUAUCACGAGGAUGAGGAGCGCAUCAUGGCCAUCCCGCCCAUAUCUUGCGUCAAGGCCAAUACGCAGCACGGAUCUACCAGAUUCCCCGACCACCACUGUCGACCCGUGAUAAAGGAUUGGCGAUGCGAAUUGACAGCUUUAUCACGUGCUUACAACCUAUAUUUCGUGGCUAGUAACGAGUCGAUAUACAUCUACGAGCCAACUUUUCCAAGUCAAGAUGUGUGCUCCUGCCACAGUUUUGUCAUUGACCCGCCCAUAUCGUCGCCUGAUCUCAAUUUCCAAAUUGACCCUGAGGAUCCACACUCCAUCACCAGACUGCACCUCGAUUAUCUUGGAAAGGACGAGAUAUUGAUCGUCACUUGCGACGAUGGCGAUGCGAUAGGUUAUCGAGUACCCGAGAUUAUCCGUGCAAUGUCACGUGAAAGGACCCGGAUACCUGAGAAAGAGAUUGACAUUAGAGAUGAAGUCCGCGUCUUCUUUCACCUUAACCUCGGCCGCAGCGCCUGGGGAAUCUCUGUCCAUCGAGAGGCACGUUUGAUCGCGUUCAGUGCCAACACACACCGCAUUACGGUAUUUGCAUAUGCACUAUCAAGAACAGCAGGCAAUGUCCCGCAAGAUGAACUUGCCCAGGGAUUUCCCUACCACAGGGAAACAGACAACAUUGUGUACCUCCAGGCGCAGGCUAACAUUCCCGCCAUCUCAUUCGACAAUAGUGACAAGUCUGGCAGGUGGCUAGCAAGCAGUUCCAUAGACGGGAACAUUCACGUUUGGGAUCUUCAUUCUCCAAAGCAACCUGCCAGGGUCAUUACAAUAGGCUGCUGCGUUAGCGUUCGAAACCCGUCAAUAAAGCCUGAAAUCUGCGGGUGUUUUAAUAGGACAAUGGUCCCACACGCUGCAUGGGCAUCAAUGUUCGUCGAUCCACGAGCCUGCCGUCGAGCUGGAACGUUGCAAGAAGCGUGUGGGCCUGGAAUGAGUGCAGCUAGCCAGGCUGACGGUUCGCCAUGCUUCUGGGAUAUCACAGAGAAAGGAGACCGAUAUAAGGUAGUUAGAGUCACACCCCUCUCGUGGUCUUCGCCAGGCCCUACUAUGUCGCCCGACGAUACGUACGACGAGAUGUCGCUUCCCUCAUCUGCAGAUUCCCAAGAAUCAGAUGAAGAUGAUACACACCAACCAGCUACACAACAACACCCAGGCGGAUCUCAAUCCCUCCUAACAAGCGGCCUCGACGCCACUACGGAAGAGCACGCGACGCUGAACGACACGUCUCCUGUCACCUCAGACGUCAGUCCUACCAUUCCGAACCCUGCAUACGAUUUUUCUUCUGAUGAAGAGAUGGACGAAGCAGACGAGUCAGAGGAAGAGCUGACUUUUUUAAUGGACGCAACUGGCCAGCCCUCUCUCAACCUCAACUUGUUCUUUCCACCUGCCCCAGACCCAGUGGUAGCUCCCGAGCCGACCAGACACCCCUAUUGCACCGUGUCUACCUCCCGCCCCUUGACAUUCUCCUCUCCACCAAUCACACAUACGUCUGGCCCCCUCAUCAUCGUCACUAAAGAAGAAAUCUACCUCUUCCAACGUCCCCUCGACGAUCUUUACAGCUCUCACCCACGCAGUUGCACGGACCCCAUUCUCUUCAUGCGUAACCCCCUCUUCCCAGCCGUCUCUCCAACCUCCGGUGGAACCCCUAGCCGGGGUCAUAUUCCGCAUAGUCACCGCCAUAGCUUUGCCACGCAGAUUCCUGAGCUUGGCGUCUUCGUCGUUGGGUCACCUGCGGGUCGCGUCGGUAUCUUCCGUAUGACUUGUACCACUUCGAGUCGCUCCAAAUCUCCAAUGUACGGAUUCCGCCUCGAGCGCAUUCUCCCGACAAUUGAGCAUGAAAAUGAGGAUUCGGAUAGUGAGGGACAACUUACUAUCGCAGAUAUGUGGGGGAAGAAGCUAGUGGGCGUUUCGGUGGGUCCGAUUCAGGGUAUGCAGGAUGGUGGGGAUGAAGAUUCGGAUGAAGAUUAUAACGACGAGCGAGGAAUGGAAGAGAAUGCUACAAAAGCUAGACAGUGGAUGCGGAGAUGGAGGUUGUUCAUGCAUUAUAAUGAUCAUACUGUGUGGAGCUAUGAACUCAAGGAAAAACCUGAUGGCAUUCCUGAAUUGGGGGACUUAAUUGUAUGA